AGUAGUGCCGCUGGAGCUGGUGUGAGAAGUGGCCAUGGUCCGCGCACCCACCUUACCCCGCCCCGUGUGGGGCUCUCAAGGAUAUACUCUAUACCUCCUCCUUCUCCUCCUCCUAAUGCUCCUUAUCACAAAGUGCAAUUCAGAGAGAGAGCGUGAUGAUAUUAAGCGAAUGGAGGUAAUGGCAGGAGGCAAUCUUACACUUACCUGCUAUGCUCAGCCAAGUCACUUACGUUCGUAUCGAUGGGUUUACAUCCGCACAGGAACAAAACGACCACAAGUGCUGAGCUCUGGACGACGGCUUGCAGUUGGGGAACCUAGACUUUCUCUUGAUACUAAGGCAGAAGAUGGAAAAAUUACACUAAAAUUGACCCUGUCUGACAUCCGCCCAUAUGAGUCUGGCAUCUUCAUGUGCUGGAGACAGGGACUUCAACCUGAUCCCCAAAUUCUGCUUACUGUAUUAGAACCAGGGACAUCAUCUGAGCGUCAGGUGAUUGCAAAGGCAGAUGGUCCAUCAGAAGUUAAAUAUGGAGAUCCAGCCACAUUUACAUGUACCAUAACUCCAGGCUGGCCAGUUAAGGUUAUAUGGCUGAAAAAUGGUGUCGAGAUCCCAGUUACGGACCGCCUUUACACUCGGAAUCUUAAGAAAAUAACUGAAAAUGUUAACGAGCGGCAAGAACAAGAACAAGAACCAGCAAAUCAGCUUCAAGCAACUCUCUCAGUUGCUACACUCAGGAUGGAUGCAAAUUUUACAUGUCGUAUUGAAACAGAGCCACCUGAGGAACGCAACUUCCAUGUUAAUGUAAGAAUUCCACGAGUGGUGUCCCUGGGAAGUGAACCAGACAAGGACGCUGUGGAGUAUGGGCAGACACUCUCUCUCACCUGCAUUGUUUCGGGUUCAGACUCAGAGGUGUUAUGGUUAAAGGAUGGCUCGGAGCUGUCGUUUGGACCUAACUUCCCUGGGAGAAAAAAAUACUCUUCUAAAGGAUCUCCAAACAUGCUGUCCUCUACUGUAUAUAUUGAGUCUGUAUCAUUUUCUGAUAAUGGACAUUAUGUUUGCUACAUUCCAGGGGCAUCAAAAGAUAUACUCAUCAACAUUGAAGGUCGCCCUGCUAGAUUACUUGGAGUUACUGGUGGAAACUUCUUCGAGGAUGAACCAUUGAUUUUAAGCUGCUCCACUCAGUAUGCAAAAGAUACUCAACAAUCUACAGUUGGCUGGAUAUUCAAAAAUGAAUUACUUGACCCAAGUUUGUACGAGUCCAGAGUUUAUCACUCUGAUUACAAUGUGACAGUGAAUGAGCUGAUCAUUAAUAGAGCUGGAGAAGAGCAUGCUGGUACUUACCAGUGUGUGACACCUUAUGGCUCAGCUGCUGUAUCAGUCAGUAUGUUUGUGCCUCCGUUCCUGAGUGAACCUCUACCCUCGGAGCUGGUGAUUCAGGAAGGUGAAGAGUUACAACUUGCAUGUCACACCACAGGCCACCCUCAACCUACUGUACACUGGGAGAAAAACACAGGGGAGAUGUGGAGUCUAGUGAAUGAGGUACUUGAUAGUGAUGCAGAUAUUAAUGGAGUAUUUAUUAUUCCUGCCAUCUCUAUGGAUGAUGCUGGAAAAUAUAGGUGUGCAGCAAAAAGCAAUGCAGGUUCUUUCCUGGCUGAAAUUAUUAUUAGUGUUGAACGUGCAUUGCCAGAGGUGACUGAGAUGGUGGCCCCAGAGAGUGUGAUGGUUGGAGACAACUUCACUAUCCAGUGCACUGUCGUCAACUGGGAUGGAGAGGUGGAAUUUGUAUUUCAAAGUGUAUCUUUGAAUUCACAUUGGGAUAGUAGAUAUAGUGUAAUCGUGUAUCCAGCAGAAGACAGCAUAUUACAAGCAUAUCUGAUAGUGAGAGAAGCUAUACUUGAAGAUGCAGGCAGUUACAUGUGCAGGGCUGGUCCUCAAGCUUCAGCAUCUGUUAUUGUUCGAGUCACUAGACGUCCUGGAGAAAUUGUAAACAUAGCAGUAUCUCCAGCCAUCAAGGGUCAAGAUUUCUUUGUGAGCUGUACUGUCAGGAACUGGUAUGAAGAAGUGCAGUUUUACCAUAAAGGAAAUAUAUUGUCCGAGGACUUUGAUCCCCGUUAUAGCAUGUACAGGCCAAAUAGUAGUGCAGAGGAAGUAACACAUGUUCUGAAGAUAACCUCUGCCACUCCUGAAGAUGAGGGCACCUAUCAGUGUUACCUAGAUGCCUACAACACCCACACUGUAGAAGUUGUUCUGAAAGAUCCAAUUCAGAAAGUGCUGGGAAUAUCGGCUACAGCAGCUAUAGUGGGCCAGAACUUCAAUGUAACCUGCAGAGUUAUAAAUUGGGAUGAACCAGUAACCUUCCUAUUCAAUGAUGUGGUGAUUGGGCCUGAUACGAACUGGCGGUACAGUGUGUUUGCACAUGCAUCAGGCAUUGGCAUGCAAGAGGUAAACCACAUACUGAGUGUGUCUGCUGCAACAUUCAAUGAUAGUGGCUCGUAUGAAUGCUACACUACUCCUGAUACUUCUGCCUCCAUUAUUGUAGCAGUUUGGAAUACGGCUGAUGUGACACUUGAGCUUCAGUCUUCUGACCGGCCAAAUUGGAAAGAUUCACCAACACCAAUAAAUUGUGAUGUACGAGGUGUUGAUCCGAACACAGUGACAAUCCUCUUCUCUCACUUUGAUGAGCCACAAGUAUCUAUUCAAAAUCGUACGAAAAUGUCUACGUCUAAUCAUCUAGUAAAUAUUGCCAUUACUGACAUUGAAGAGGAAACUGGUCCCCACACUAUAUUCACUCUGGGCUUCUACUUGCUUGCAAAGGAACAAGAAGGUCUCUGGUCCUGUGAAGUGUUACAUCCCAGUGGUGCUUCUCUUGGUAGUGGCACACUUUUUCUGGAAGUUGCAGAACCGCCUGAAUUCAUAAAUCUUCCCCCAAAAGAAGUAUAUGAGGAUGAAGGAGCUGAUGUGUACCUCAAUUGCUCAGUUGCUGGUUCAUCUGAAACUAUGGUUGGAUGGUAUAGGAAAGGUAUCCCAGAGCCAAUAGUGUUUGGUAGACUGAGUGCCAUGCUGUUCAUCCCAGGGUUCACGACUACGGAUGAAGGCUCAUAUUAUUGUCGGGCAGCCUUAUAUGAUCAUGAUAUCCAAACUAAUACAGUUCUUAAACUGAGAACCCCCCAGCCUCAGGUGGAGUCGCUUGUGGUGUCACCAGCUGUUGUAGGAGGAGAAUUUACUGUAACCUGCACUGUCUCUAACUGGAAUGGACAGGUAUUGUUCUUCCACAACAGGGAGCCCGCUAAUCUAAAUCCUGGUUCACGGUAUUCAACGAGCAGUCAACAGCAGAGCCGUGGACAACAGCAUACCACUGCACAUGUUCUUAAAGUUAAACAUGCUACACUUCAAGAUUCUGGGGUUGUAGAAUGCUUUAUAACACCUGAUAUAUUUGGCUCGGCAAGCAUUUUUGUAAAAGAAUAUUCUGGAUUGCUGCCAACCCCUGUAACCAUAGAAGAAUUUGGUCCCCCAAAACCAACAUUAUCUCUGGGACGUGUUGUAGAACUGAGAGGCCCGGUUGUGGCAGUGAAGGGUUCUACACUCUUGCUUACCUGCCUUGUUAGCCCAGUUGUUCAGCAGGAUAUUGUGUUAGUACAUGACAUAUAUUUCUUGUAUGCUGAGCAGCAAGUACUUACUGAUGAUUCUCGCAUAGAAAUCAUACAGGAUGUAUCAACUGAUGGGUCCCGGUUGCUGUACCUCAGGAUAACACAGGUUAUAGAGGAGGAUGGAGGAGAGUACCAAUGUGCCACGUCAACUGACCCACCAGCUCACUCAGUACUCAAUGUUGUUAUAGUGCCAAAUGAAACUCAAACAGAGUUACCAAAAGAAGUGAGAUUGGUAGAACCACCACAUCUUCCUACAACAACAGAGGAUGUGAGCAGAGAAGGUGGAUGUGAGUUCCCCUGGCAGUGGAUUGGAGACUGGUACCAGACUGAUUUUGACCAGAAAGUCACCAUUGCUGUUCAUGAAUUUGGCAGAAGCACUUGCAUUUCUUCUUCUGGAAAUAAUUAUCUACUUCAACAUUUAAAAAAAGAAUGCUAUCGAUGUAUUCAGAUAACUGAGCAGCAUCACAACUUACUACAAUACAAGAAAUCAAAGUGCAGGAAGCCACAAGACAUAGAUGCAGUGUGCUCCACCAUCAACAGAAACACUGACCUUCAUACUAUGGUUCGAGUGCUUGCUGAACCAUUUCCUUGUCCAUUCACUGGCCCACGCAAAUUCACAUAUGAAUUACCACAAGGAGAAUGCAGUGAAAGUCUUUCAGAAAUUAUAUCUGAUAAAAAAACUGAACUGAAGUUCACAUAUGCAUCUUGUGUCCAAAGCAGAUAUGAUGCUGAAAUUAAAAGUGAAGAAUUUCAUUGUGUUGCAAAUUGGACAGACGGCAACACACACUACCUGAUUGGGAAAUUAGAUGAGUUAUUCCUAUCUUUGGAAGAGCGCUUCCGGUGUUUUACCUACAUCCGGGAAGAAGGCAAGAAUUUUGUUUAUAAGAUGAGCCAUGCUAAUUCUGCAAGAUGUGGUGUAUUAGGAGAAGAUGUCAAUAUUUUAUAUAAAAUCUUCAGCAUGACAGAAGAGGAGCCAUUAUCAUUAACUGGAGACAACGACACCAAUCUUACAGUGCAGCCUUCUCAAGAAGUCAAACUGACAUGCAUAACAUCUGUUCCUAUAGACUUUGAUGAAGUAUACUUCUUCAGGAAAUAUUAUUUGAAGUGGACACGUGAAGUUAACAAUAAAGUUGAAAAUAUAACCUUUGAUGAAGAUGUGAUACAUAUUAACUCAACCAGAUUUUCAUUAGAAACUGAUAGAAGUGUGGAGGGUAGCACCAGGUAUGAUCUUAUAAUCAGUCGUGUGCAAGUUAAUGAUGCAGGUGUUUAUACUUGUUCCUUGAACAAUGAAAACAGUACACUGGUCACACGGCAGAUCUUCCUCUCCAUGGCUCACCCGCCUCAAUAUGACAGCUGUGAACUUCCAUUUAAUUGGACUGGUGAUUGGUGGACUGCUGAUAAAGAUUACACUAUCAGUGAAAACAAAUUUGGAGAAAGCAUCUGUACAACCUCCUUGGGCAACAAUUUCCUCAUGAAAGAAAUAAAUGACUGUUACAGCUGCUUUAUCAUAACAGAGAAACAUCACAAUAUAAUUUACUACCAAAAAUCCUCUUGUAUUAAGUCGAAAGACUUAAAUACUGUCUGCUCCACAAUAGAAAAUACUGAACAUGUACGUGUAAUGGUUCGCAAAAAUUCCUCAGCCAUCUGCCCAUUCACUGGCUCCCGCUCGUUCAUCUACCAAAUGCCAAAUAGGAAGUGCAGUGAAAGACACUCAAGGCUCUUAUCUAUAAAUAAUGACACAGAACUGUUAUACUCGUAUAAUCCUUGCCCAGAUCAUACACAUCCAGAGGCUGCUAUUCACACAAAACAAUUGAAAUGUGUAGCCAACUGGAGUGAAGAUUCAACACACUACUUUAUGGGAAAUGAUGACAACGCAGAAAUGCCAUACGAAUGUUUUACUUAUAAAUCAGGGAUAAAAACAGAUUACCAAUACUACAUGAUCCAGACAGGAACUGAAGUAUGUGCUGAUAUAAGAAGUAACUCUGGCUUAACAUACAAUGUGUUUGGUGAAUCACAAGAACCUGAGCCACCUGUGAUUGAAGAAAAUAACGAUAGCAUGGAAGUACAAGUUGGGGACUCCAUAAGACUGACUUGCACCAGUAGAGGCGGGCUGCCUCUGGCAACACUCACUUGGUUUAGGGAUACUAAGGAGUUGCCCUCAAAGACUGAACACGUGAAGGACAUUUCCAAAGCUUACCUUGACAUUACAGUUGAAGAAUCUGACAGAACAGCGAAUUAUUGCUGCGAGGCUUCCAAUUUUGCAACAUCCAUCCCAUUGAACACUACUAUGGUACUUACCUUCCAAAAGGAUUUUAAAAACCUGAUGGAGUCACAAGUAGUGGCAGUGGAGGGCCAAACUGCUUUUCUGCCCUGUGCUUUGACCUCUGAAGUAGAUGUUAAGAUGGAUUGGUUUGAUGCUGACCUAGACAUCCAGAUAACCUCUGGUAAUGAAACUUUAACACAAGAUGCCACUUAUUAUCCAUAUAUUAAAGAUGGGCUUCUGGGUUUAUUAGUGACUAAAAGCUUCCUUGACACAACUUACAGCUGCUCACUGAAUGGACUGAAGCUGGGAAAUACAACAUUAGUUAUACUUCCACCAUUCUUGCUUAGAGAUUCUCAAGUUACGAAGGAAUACUUUGAGGAGACAACUACUAGGUUAUAUGUUGAUGAAGGACAGUCUGCGACACUGCAGUGUUCCCUCAAUAGCAGUUUACCCUCUACCUUGGUCAGUUGGUGGCAUUACCCAGGGUCAUCUCUUCUAACCCAAGGCAAAAUCAACUUAGCUGAGACUAAGGGCUACACCCUUAAAGUUAAAGAUAAUUCUCAUCUCCUCACCCUAAAUGAUGCCAAGCUUUCACACUCUGGCUUAUAUAUAUGCCAGUUUGCUCUUAAUGAACUGGAAAUUUAUAUGAAAAACUUUACUGUCUAUGUUGAAGGAUUAGUGGAGAUUCAACUUGGUGAAAGUGCAAGUGUUAGAUGUUAUUCUCCAACAGGAGAUUGGGUCAAGUUUGUACAUAACGAAGAAGAUAUAUUGCAUUCAUCAUUGAAUCAAUCAGUAAAAUAUGAAUGGGCAAGAUCCGAGGACCCUGAUGGAGAAGGAGCCAUUAUCACACUUACUGUCUUAAAUACGACAGAAGAUGAUCUGGGAGCAUACACCUGCAGAGAUUUUAAAGAUCCAUAUAUUCUACAAGUCACCCUAUUGAUGAUCAAGCUUGAAGGGGAAUCAACAACUCUGAGCAUGCCUUCUCCAGAUGAAGAAAUACAUCUUGAGAGUUCAUCUGCAAUGGAGGUAGAAUCAAGUACAGAAGCUACAGAGGAAAUGGACGUAACAACAGAAAUUGACAAGGAAGAGGAAGUAACCACAGAAGUUGCAAAGGAAGAGGAAGUAACCACAGAAGUUGCAAAGGAAGAAGUAACUGUAGAAGUUGCAGAGAAAGUAACUACUGAAGUUCCAAAGUCAGAGGAAGUAGCUACAGAAGUUUUAAAAGAAGAGGUAACUAUAGAAGUUGCAGAGGAAGUAACUACAGAAUUUGCAAGGGAAGAAAUAACUACAGAAGUUGCAAAGGAAGAAGAUGUAACUACUGAAGUUGCAAAGGAAGAAGAUGUAACUACUGAAGUUGCAAAGGAAGAAGAUGUAACUACUGAAGUUACAAAGGAAGAAGAUGUAACUACUGAAGUUGCAAAGGAAGAAGACGUAACUAAUGAAAUUGCAGAGGAAAUGAUUACUGAUGUUCCAGAGGAAGUGAUUAUUGAAGUUCCAGAGGAAGAGACUACUGAAUUUGCAGAGAAUGUAAUUACUGAAAUUGCAGAGGAAGUGACUACUGAAGUUGCAGAGGAAGUAACUACUGAAGUUGCAAAGGAAGCAGAGCAUGAUUUUAAAAUAAUACAAAUAUCCAGCCCAGAAACAACAACAACAACAACAACAACAACAACAACAACAGUCCCACCUCCCAUUUAUGAAGAAGUAAUUCUGGGAUGUGAAGGACAUGAUCCUCUUGAUAUCAGUUGGAAGAAAGAUGAAGAUACUUUACUUUUUGUGGGUGUCAUAGAUGUCUCGGGCAUUGCUGGUUUGUCCCUGACACCAAAUGGAGACUUAGUACUAAUUGAGGGUCCUAUUAGAGAUAUUCGUGAUGAUGAUACUUACACCUGUUACGUUUACAUGAAUGAUGGUGAUGUUGCUGUUGGUUCUUAUCAUAUCAGUUUAAGGGGUGAAGAAACCAUUGUUGAACCCAGAAUACAUGGUUCAGUAGCAAGAAUUCCAGAUGUUGAGCCAGAGCAACCAGAAUCCAUACCUCCCCCAGACCUUCAGUUCUUGGAUUUUAAAGAAGAAGAAGUUGGUGUGCUAGCAAAUUCAAAGAGAGUUGGAAAUAGAAUUCUGGAGGUGCUGCGUAGUGGAGGACUUAAUGUUAGGUUGUUGGAAGACACAAACUGUAAAUACCCAAAUGAAACUCGUGAUUGGUCUGGAGCUCAAAAAGUAUUGCAGGAAUGUGAAUACGAGGCACGAGCAUCUGAAAACCUUUUGAGAAAUCAGAGUGUUUUCAUUGGAAUUGACUUUUUUGUUGAGUUAAUGCCUAAAAGUUGGUUUGCUGUCACUUUGCUUCAUGUUCAUAAUAUUGAGCGAAAUGUAUCUGUGAAUGUCUUCGCACCAAUGGUUCCUGUGCCAAAUGCUGAUAUUCAACCUUCUCAAUCUAACGAAGAAACUCUUAUUCUGGUAUCAGAUUCCUGGUGGGAUAUUGUGCAAGGUGCAGACAACCGCUUUGGGAAUGGCCUCACAGCUUCCAUACUCUCUCUGCAGGAAUCUUAUCUCAGUAAACUCAGUGGAGAUGCAUCUCCUUGAGUUUAAAAUAUAUAAUUUAAUUAUAGUUUUACAUUGUGAUUUUAAUCUGUAAAUAUAUGCUAGUACAAGUGCUAAAAUUGGCAUCUAAGUAAACAUUAAACCCAUUUAUAUACACAAAAAUACUAAAAAUCAAAACAUUUACAGUACAAUAUACAGUAUUAGGAAUGAUGUUGCAUUCAAAUACUUGUAAUAAAAUAUGAAAAUGCA